AUGUCCCCCCUGGUGACCCCCCCCGAGACCCCCCCCGAGUCGUGCGCGGCGGCGCUGGCGGCUGUGCUGGCACAGCUGCGGGAGCUCGAGGGACACGUGCGGGCACUGAGGGGACACUGUGGGGACACGGGGGGGCCCCAGGCCGGGACAGGCCGGUCGGUUCAGCUCUGUGCCCCCCCCGCUGGGGGAAGCUGCGCCUGCCCCGCCCCCACGGCCGAGGCCCCGCCCCCUGCCCCGCCCCCCCCGUGCCCGCGGGGCUGCAGCGACCAGGGCCGGUGCGAGCGGGGCCGAUGCCGCUGCUUCCCGGGCUUCAGCGGCCCCGACUGCGGCACCCCCGCCUGUGCCCCCGGCUGGGGGGGCGUCCACUGCGACAUCGAGGUGCCCGCAGUGACACCACGGUUGGCCACCCGCACCUCGACAUCCCUGCGUGUCACCUGGCCUCGGCCCUCCCCACCUCCUGACGGCUACCGGGUGACACUUGUUCCCCUGGAUGACCCCAUGGCCAUGACAACACAUGAGCUGCCCGGCUCUGCUGUGGCCUUCUCGGUGACAGGGCUGUCCCCAGGCCGCCCCUUCGAGCUGCUGGUCCAGGCCCGGCGGGGGCCUCACCUGGGGGCAGCAGGAGUGCUGCGCCUGCGCACAGGUCGAGGGUCCCUGGGAUCCCCGGCGCCCCCAAGGUCACCAGUGUCACCAGAAUCACCAGUGUCACCAGAAUCCCCAGAAUCUCCAGGGUCACUAAUGUCUCCAGAAUUCCCAAGGUCCCCAGUGUCACCAGAUUUCCCAGUGUGGCCAGCAUCCCCAGAACCCCUGAGCUUCCCAGAAUCACCAGUGACCCCAGUGUCCCCAAAGUCACCUCCAACCCCACAGUCCCUGGGGUCUCCAGUGCCCCCAAAGUCCCCAUUAUCUUCAGAGUUCCUAGAAUCCCCAUGGUCCCAGCUGUCCCCAUGGUCCCCACUGUCCCCGGGUAUCCCGUCACUGCAGGAACUGGUGGCUCGACUGUCCCCGUACAGUGGGUCCCUGCUCCAGCGCCUUGAAAGCCACCUUCGGGCCACCAACUUCCCACUCCGGGGCAACCAGACAGUGCCGACAGUGGCCCGUGCCAUCCUGGAAUAUGUCCUGCGCCGGCACGUGGCCCUGGGGAAGGGACAGGGACCUCCCUCCAAACCCCGAGGGGAUGGAACACUCCUGGGGACCACAGGGGAGGGUGGGAAUCAGGAGCUGGUGCUGCAGUGGGGGGACAUGGAUGGGAUAGAGCUGAUGGAGCCAUGGAGGGACGUGGAGAAAACAGUUGCAGCCGAGGCAGAAGAGCUGCCCCCAUCCAAGCCAGUCCUGGGUGACCUCACUGUCACCAGUGUCACCCCCAGCUCCGUGGGGCUGCAGUGGAGUGUCCCCGAGGGCCCCUUUGACUCCUUCACGCUGCAGUACCGGGAUGCCCAGGGCCAGCCCCAGGCCCUGCCCAUCGAUGGCGGGUCCCGCUCGGUGAUGGUGCCAGGGCUGUCCCCGUCCCGCCGGUACCGCUUCCACCUCUACGGGCUGCGGGGCGGGAAGAGGAUCAACCGCGUCUCCAUUGACAUCACCACAGCUGACUCAGAUGAUCUGCCCCCACACUCGGUGGACCCCCCAGCUGAGGCCCCCUCAACUGAGGCACCCCCAGCUGAGGACCACCAACCUGAAAGAUCCCAAACUGAGCCUCCCCCAGCACGAGCUGUGCUGGGGGAGCUGAGGGUCUCCAGCAUCACCCCCAGCUCCGUGGGGCUGCAGUGGAGCGUCCCCGAGGGCCCCUUUGACUCCUUCAUGCUGCAGUACCGGGAUGCCCAGGGCCAGCCCCAGGCCCUGCCCGUCGAUGGCGGGUCCCGCUCGGUGACAGUGCCAGGGCUGUCCCCGUCCCACCGGUACCGCUUCCACCUCUACGGCCUGCGGGGCAGGAAGAAGAUCGACCACACCUCCAUUGAUGUCAUCACAGCCACAGCUGAGCAAGAGAAGCCACCACCACCCCCAGAGGAGCCCACACCUGAGCACCCCCAAACUGAGCCUUCCCCAUCUGAGGCCCCCCCAGCACGGGCAGUGCUGGGGGAGCUGAGGGUCUCCAGUGUCACCCCCAGCUCCGUGGGACUGCAGUGGAGCGUCCCCGAGGGCCCCUUUGACUCCUUCACGCUGCAGUACCGGGAUGCCCAAGGCCAGCCCCAGGCCCUGCCCAUCGAUGGCGGGUCCCGCUCGGUGACGGUGCCAGGGCUGUCCCCGUCCCGCCGGUACCGCUUCCACCUCUAUGGGCUGCGGGGCGGGAAGAGGAUUGAUCGUGUCUCCAUUGAUGAGCCAACACCUGAGCACCCUCAAACUGAGCCUCCCCCAUCUGAGGCCCUCCCAGCACGGGCGGUGCUGGGAAAACUGAGGGUCUCCAGCGUCACCCCCAGCUCCGUGGGGCUGCAAUGGAGCAUCCCCGAGGGCCCCUUUGACUCCUUCACGCUGCAGUACCGGGAUGCCCAGGGCCAGCCCCAGGCCCUGCCCAUCGAUGGCGAGUUCCACUCAGUGACGGUGCCGGGACUGUCCCCGUCCCACCGGUACCGCUUCCACCUCUACGGCCUGCGGGGCGGGAAGAGGAUCGACCGCGUCUCCAUUGACAUCACCACAGCUCCCCCAUCUGAGGUCCCUCCAGUACGGGCGGUGCUGCGGGAGCUGAGGGUCUCCAGCAUCACCCCCAGCUCCGUGGGGCUGAAGUGGAGCGUCCCCGAGGGCACUUUUGACUCCUUCAUGCUGCAGUACCAGGAUGCCCAGGGCCAGCCCCAGGCCCUGCCCAUCGAUGGCAGGUCCCGCUCAGUGACGGUGCCGGGGCUGUCCCCGUCCCACCAGUACCGCUUCCACCUCUAUGGGCUGCAGGGUGUGAAGAGGAUCGACCACGUCUCCACUGCAGCUGUCACAAGUGAGGGGGAAGGUCAGAGAGCCCUCCCAGCACGGGCAGUGCUGGGGGAGCUGAGGGUCUCCAGUGUCACCCCCAGCUCCGUGGGGCUGCAGUGGAGUGUCCCCGAGGGCCCCUUUGACUCCUUCACACUGCAGUACCGGGAUGCCCAGGGCCAGCCCCAGGCCCUGCCCAUCAACGGCGGGUCCCGCUCAGUGACGGUGCCGGGGCUGUCCCCGUCCCACCGGUACCGCUUCCACCUCUAUGGGCUGCGGGGCGGGAAGAGGAUCGACCACGUCUCCACUGAGGCUGUCACAGCACCAGCCUCACCCUCAGAGGCUCCCCCAACUGAGGACUCCCCAGCUGAGGACCACGAACAUGAACAUCAACAAACUGAGGUCCACCCGGUGCGGGCAGUGCUGGGGGAGCUGAGAGUCUCCAGCGUCACCCCCAACUCCGUGGGGCUGCAGUGGAGCGUCUCCAAGGGUCCCUUUGACUCCUUCAUGCUGCAGUACCGGGAUGCCCAAGGCCAGCCCCAGGCCCUGCCCAUCGACGGCGGGUCCCGCUCGGUGACAGUGCCGGGGCUGUCCCCGUCCCACCGGUACCGCUUCCACCUCUACGGCCUGCGGGGCAGGAAGAGGAUCGACCACGUCUCCACUGAGGCUUUCACAGCCUCACCCUCAGAGGCUCCCCCAACUGAGGACUCCCCAGCUGAGGACCACGAACAUGAACAUCAACAACCGGAGGCCCCCCCGGUACGAGCGGUGCUGGGGGAGCUGAGGGUCUCCAGUGUCACCCCCAGCUCCGUGGGGCUGCAGUGGAGCGUCCCCGAGGGUCCCUUUGACUCCUUCACGCUGCAGUACCGGGAUGCCCAAGGCCAGCCCCAGGCCCUACCCAUCGAUGGCGGGUCCCGCUCGGUGACAGUACCGGGGCUGUCCCCGUCCCACCGGUACCGCUUCCACCUCUACGGCCUGCGGGGCGGGAAGAGAAUCAACCACGUCUCCACUGAGGCUGUCACAGCUGAGCAAGAGGAGCUGCUCCUGCCCUCAGAGGAGCCCCGACCUGAGCACCCCCAAACUGAGCCUCCCCCAUCUGAGGCCCUACCGGCACGAGCGGUGCUGGGGGAGCUGAGGGUCUCCAGUGUCACCCCCAGCUCCUGGAGCGUCCCCGAGGGUCCCUUUGACUCCUUCAUGCUGCAGUACCGGGAUGCCCAGGGCCAGCCCCAGGCCCUGCCCAUCGAUGGCGGGUCCCGCUCGGUGACGGUGCCGGGGCUCUCCCCGUCCCGCCGUUACCGCUUCCACCUCUACGGGCUGCGGGACAGGAAGAGGAUCGACCACGUCUCCACUGAGGCUUUCACAGCUGAGGACCACGAACACCAACAAACUGAGGACUCCCCAGCGCGGGCGGUGCUGGGGGAGCUGAGGGUCUCCAGUGUCACCCCCAGCUCCGUGGGGCUGCAGUGGAGCGUCUCCAAGGGUCCCUUUGACUCCUUCACACUGCAGUACCGGGAUGCCCAAGGCCAGCCCCAGGCCCUGCCCAUCGAUGGCGGGUCCCGCUCGGUGACGGUGCCAGGGCUGUCCCCGUCCCACCGGUACCACUUCCACCUCUACGGCCUGCGGGGCAGGAAGAGGAUCGACCACGUCUCCACUGAGGCUUUCACAGCCACAGCUGAGCCAGAGGAGCUGCUCCCACCCUCAGAGGAGCCCCGACCUGACCACCCUCAAACUGAGCCUCCCCCAUCUGAGGCCCCCACGGCACGGGCAGUGCUGGGGGAGCUGAGGGUCUCCAGCGUCACCCCCAGCUCCGUGGGGCUGCAGUGGAGCGUCCCCGAGGGCCCCUUUGACUCCUUCACGCUGCAGUACCGGGAUGCCCAGGGCCAGCCCCAGGCCCUGCCCAUCGAUGGCGGGUCCCGCUCGGUGACGGUGCCGGGGUUGUCCCCAUCCCACCAGUACCGCUUCCACCUCUACGGCCUGCGGGGCGGGAAGAGGAUCGAUGGUGUCUCCACUGACAUCGCCACAGGUGCCCCGGGGACCCUCUGGGUGGGCUCCGUGUGGCCUCGCAGUGCCCAACUGCACUGGGACCCCCCCCUCAUCCCCCCCGAUGGCUACGAGCUGGUGUACGGCCCCCCUGGGGGGCCCCAGCAGACCCUGCAGUUGCCUCCUGAGGCCACGUCGCAGCAGCUGUGGGGGCUUGAGCCGGCGGGA